UAAGGAAAAUCUCCUUCCUUUUUUUUUCUCUCUCUCGGCUCCCAAGUUUAUUUGAAUCUGAAAUUCGAUUUCGCCAACGUAGUUUCCUCUGAACACGCCAUCUCCUAGAGAGAGUUAGUUAUAUCGGAACCCUUGAAUUCACUUUCUUCCAAAACUCGUUUCUUUCGAUUUAGACGAAGAGAUUUGAUUUUUUUUUUUUUUAAAAGAUCUCAGAGAUUCAUUCCUAGGCAAGGAAUCUACUCCUAAAUGAGUUAUCUGAAAGGAUCACACUCAACAUCGAGCUAGCCUGGACAUUUGGCUUCUUAGUGUGAAAGUAAGUUUCACUGGAACUCCAAGAAGCAUGACCCCUCUCCAUAGAAAUAGGAUGAAAAGAGGAGCACUUAGACGGAAGGCUAGGGAUAUCUCCGUUGUGCUUGUUGUGCUUGUUUGUGCAACCGUCGUCAUAUGGACAUGGGAUACAACUCCAACCUCUGCCUUUCUUCCACCUGAAAGUCACUUUCUAAAGCUGGAAACAGAAGAAGAGGUUAAGAAAGUACCUACUGCACUGAAUACGGAAACUAAAGACAGCUACUCAUCAGCUACUCCGUUUGUAAACAAAGCAGAAACCAAAGAGGAUUCAACUGAAGAUAAAGAUACAGAAGAAGAUGUAGAGAAACAAGUGGACAAAGCUACUGUAAGUAAGACGAAUCAAGGGAUGGCACAUGAAGUUCUUGAAAGGGAGCCAAAUUAUCGGAAGACUCCAACUACUUGUAAUUACGCGAAAGGGAAGUGGGUUGUGGACAACCACCGUCCUUUGUAUUCAGGAUCUCACUGCAAACAGUGGCUUGCUUCCAUGUGGGCGUGCAGGUUAAUGCAGCGCACAGACUUUGCUUUCGAAAGGUUAAGAUGGCAACCUAAAGACUGCUCUAUGGAAGAAUUCGAAGGCUCCAAGUUCCUGAAAAGGAUGCAGAACAAAACGCUAGCCUUCGUUGGAGACUCAUUAGGAAGACAGCAGUUUCAAUCCAUGAUGUGUAUGAUCACCGGAGGCAAAGAGAGACCCGACGUCCUUGACGUGGGACCAGAGUUUGGCUUCGUAACUCCCGAAGGUGGAGGUCGUCCUAAUGGCUGGGCCUACAGAUUCCCAGAAACCAACACAACGGUGCUAUACCACUGGUCAUCAACCCUCUGCGACAUACAACCGCUCAACAUCUCUGACCCUUUAACCGAGCACGCUAUGCAUCUCGACCGCCCGCCAGCUUUCUUACGCCAAUACCUUCAUAAGAUCAACGCGCUGGUGAUGAACACAGGUCACCACUGGAACCGAGGGAAGCUCAACGGCAACAGAUGGGUGAUGCAUUUGAACGGCGUUCCCAACGCUAACAAGAAGCUAGCCGCUCUUGGUAACGCCAAGAACUUCACGAUCCACAGCACGGUUGGUUGGGUUAGCUCGCAGCUCCCUCGCCACCCGGGUCUUAAGGCGUUCUACAGAAGCCUUUCGCCGAGGCAUUUCGUGGGCGGGGAGUGGAACACUGGAGGGAGCUGCAAUAACACAACACCGAUGUCUAUAGGGAAAGAGGUUUUGCAAGAGGAGUCUAGCGAUUACAGCGCUGGUCAUGCGGUGAAAGGCACUGGGGUUAAGCUUUUGGACAUAACGGCCUUGUCUCAUAUCAGAGAUGAAGGUCAUAUAUCAAGGUUUAGUCUCUCAGCUUCGAAAGGAGUUCAGGAUUGCCUCCAUUGGUGCUUGCCUGGUGUUCCUGAUACGUGGAAUGAAAUCCUUUUUGCAAUGAUAUAAGGGCUUGAGGCAAAGCCAGCCUUUUGAUAGCUUUUAGACGACACACAUUUGAGGUACUUAGUGGCUUGAGGUGUAAGUUUUAGUAUUUAUUCUGGUACAGAAGCUAAGCCUAUUAUUGUCGUAAACCAUGCUGGGGCUUGGUUCUGACCAUAUUUACAGAAUCUAACUCAACUUUUGUCUUUUCAGUCUAUUAAUAGAAUAUUUUUUUUAGAA